AUGGACAAGUUUAUAAUUAGGAGGAAAUGUGACAAUGUGGCAAGCGUUAGCGAUGAUGGAGCUAGACCCAGUGUUAGUGGUGCUGUGCGUGACAACAAAAACAUAGAUAGUGACGGAACUGUGGCGGUGACAAAAAACACUGUACCCAGAAAAAAAAGCUGUUAUCAGCCCUCAUGGAAACAGCAAUUUACAUGGAUCGAUUACAACAAGGUAAAAGAUGUUAUUUUCUGCAAAAAUUGCAGACAUAUGUUUGAAGAAAAUCGUUUUCAGUUUUCUCACAAAAUAAAAAAACCUUUCAUGGAAACUGGUUUUUCGAACUGGAAGAAAGGGGUAGAAAAGUUGAAAGCGCAUGAAGCAUCGGGCUGCCACAGAGAAGCUGUACUGAAAUUCAAAUCCUUAAAAUCGAAUGUCAAUGUAUUUAGCCAGAUUUCCAAAGAAAAACUGACACAAAUGAAAGAAAACCGAGCUUGUUUACUAAAAAUCAUAUCUUCCCUCCGAUACUUAGCAGCGCAGGGGCUUGCAAUACGUGGGCAUACUGAAGAAACAAGUAACUUUGACAAUUUAUUACGCCUUCGUUGUGAAGAUAACCAGCUACUUUUAAUAUGGCUACAGCGUGAAACUUACAAAUGGACAUCCCAUGAUGUGCUAAACGAAAUUUUGGCCAUUUUAAGUCACGAAAUUCUUAGAAAAUUAUUGGAGGAUAUCAAGAGGGCAAAGUAUUUGGCAAUAAUAGCAGACGAAACGACAGACAUAGCCAACAAAGAGCAAUUUAGUAUCUGCAUAAGAUUUGUUGAUGCUUCGCUAGAGAUAGAAGAAUAUUUUUUAGGGCUUUACUCAAUACAAAGUACCACAGCUAAGCCUCUGUUUGAUAUUAUUAUCGACAUUUUAAGACGAUUUGAUUUGCCUACAUCUAAUUGUAGGGGCCAGUGCUUUGACGGUCCAGCUAACAUGGCCGGACUAUAUAAUGGUGUCCAGACAAACUUUAUGGAAAUGGAGAAGAGAGCUAUGUUUGUGCACUGCCUUGCACACUGUUUUAAUCGAACACUACAAGACACUGUGAAAGCAGUUCCAGAAUGUCGAAGUGCAUUGGAUGUUAUGAAGGGCUUAAUACAUUUUGUGAUAGAUUCACCUAAAAGAUUAGAUCUUUUUACUCACAUGGAGAUAGAUGCCUCUACAAAUUUGAAACUACUCUGUGCUACAAGGUGGGCCGUAAGAUUCUUGGCAAUGUCUUCGGUUUUGUCCAACUAUACAGAAGUUAAGGAAUUUUUUCUAAAUGUUUCAAGAAAUGACAAAUCAGCCACUGGGGCCAAAGCAAACGGCUUUUUGAUUAAUAUGCAUACAUAUGAUUUUUUUUUCGUGUAUUGA